CAGAGGGAGGAUGGGGCAGCCCGCAGGGGCAGCAGCUCCUGCCUUCUCUGCAGCUCCGCGGCCAGGGGUGGAAGGAAGCUGCAGCCGCAGCCCCAAGUCAGACCCCCGCUGCCCUGUCCCACCGUCUCAUCUCUCCCCCCUCGACUCUGCCUGACUUGAAUGAACCCCAUUAACAGAAUGAACCACCCCUCACCAAGGGAACAGGGCUUCUUCAGGGACUCUUUUCUGCGCUGGAUCCUAGAAACAAGGUUCACAUUUCUGCAUUUAUUGAAGGACAAUGGAAUUUAUUCUGCUUACCUUACAAACUAAAAUAACAGCAUGGAAGGUAAUUGUAGUAGAAUUAAUUUCCAUAUAAGCAGCAUCUUGAAGAAUACAGAGGUCAUCAGAGACACAAAAACAAAGGCGGAGAGAGCUAAGCACUCUUGUAAAUACAAUCUACUAGCAAGAUGAGAGAAGUACACAAUGGCCUUGCUGGAGUUUGGGGCUCAAGAUAGAAGGUAACAUAUUUCUUCAGAAUGUGCAGAACAUUGACAUUCUCUUUGAAGAAGAGGCAACACUGAGUAGCAGACACUUCUGAGCAUCUCUCCAAUCAGCUCUCAGCAUCCACAAGUGACUUUUCAUAACUAACAGUUUGGGCUACUUGCUGAUGACACUGCCUCUCUGGUUACAGAACAAAGCUGCAGUCUUUCUAUUGAUCUCCAGUACUAGUCUUCAAUUGUACUCAGUCUCACCAGAUUCCAGGAGACAUAAUGAAGAAGUACACAGAAUCACCACAAACCUUGCCGGUAUACUCUUUUCCUCAAAAAGAGAAUCUGAUUCUGCAGCCACAAAGACAGCAUCUGUCCGAGGAAACUGCUCUGAGAAGUAACAUCAUGCCUGCUCUGACCACCCCAGUGAUAUCUGUACCCUAAUCACUUGAGCAUUUCACCCAGUUCCAUGGUGACCGUCAAUCAUUUUUUGCUUAAGUGACUAGCUACUUGACAGCUCUCAAGAUUCCCAAUCCUGUAGCUGAUGCCCAGGUCAGCUCUUUUCACUACCUAUCUCAGCUGAAGAAAAAUUUUGGAGUCAUAUCUCAAUAUGACCAGCAUAUUCCACUGAAGCAUGAAAACUUUGUUCUUGACUUCCAGCAGUCAUUUUGUGAACCCAUAAAACAAAAAAUGAAUCCUCUGAUGAAUGAUAAGGUUGACAAAGGGGACAACACCUCUCAGCAGGAUGUUACUACUUUCCAGUUCCUUUCUCAAAAUCUGACCUGUAAUAAAACAAAUCACAGAGAAAAGUUCCAAGAGAGACUGUCUGACCCCAUCCAAGAUGAAAAAAGUGUCACAGGUAUGGUGGGAAAUCUCCCAGAUCUGAUAAUUCAGUGCAUUCAGUUGGAUAAGAAGUAUAAUGACAGGCCAGAGCUUCUACAAUCAGAAGUUCGCCCCCCAUUGUUGGGUUCCCUGAUCCCUCACCAAUACCUCUCCAGCUCCACAGGCCCACCACCCAAGGAAGAGCCUAUAAAACUUCGGGGAGGCCAGCAACCUCUCACCCCAGCUAAAAGAGCCCACCAACAGGAAACUCAGUUGUGCCUCUAUUGCAGCCAGGCUGGUCACUUCACAAGAGAUUGCCUUGCCAAACGUUCUCGAGCCCCAGAAAGGACAGAUAACACAGCUCACCAGUAAGAGGAGCCUAGAAGGUCACUUUGUACACUUAUAUCCCUCUCAUCCCCAGGCUUACUGAUUUAUAUCCUGUACUAACUCUAAAAUACAAGUGGAAAACUGUGAUACAACUUUACAAGCAGCCAUGAACUCUUGUGCUUUUGGGAAUUUAAGCAACUAGAUCUUGUUCAUUGGGAGCUGACCCUUCACCAAUGAACUAAUAAUGAUGAAAACAAUUCACAGGCACUUCUACAGUUGGGACCAAUUCCUCCAAGAUUAUUGAAAGUUUGUAGGCAAAACUCUCCACAGUCUAAGCCAAUAAAAUAGGCUUGAAAGUAUAUUGGGAAUCCCAUCCUUACUAAUGGAUGAGAUUUGGGUUGAAUUUAUUGGGCUAAAUCCUGUGGUGUGCACCUAGGAAUCAGCCCAACAUUUUUGUACUCUCCCUCAUUGAUCUGUAUCCUAGUUUCAUCUCAGCAUAGGUCCUUUGCCUAAAAUACUAGUUACAUUACUAUAUCCUACUAAUAUUCACCUUGUAAAUACUAGAUCCUGCUCCACUUAUUGACUAGAGUCUAGAUUUACUACAAACCAACCUUCCUGGAACUACAGCUUUGCCGCCCAUCCACACAGCUAUAUAUUUUGUUGCCAUCUAAAGACUUUUUGCCUAACAAACUGAAUCUCCUGGCUAUUGACAAACCAGAUUGUAUGACCAUUUGAACACUACUUCGAACUGUUGGACCCUUCUGGCAGGCAUGUACUUUUAGCUAUAUCUUACCAAUCCCAGUGAUCUCCCAUCUUUACUAAUGAUCUUAUUUGAGAUUUCAGAAUAUUUUAUGGCUAAGUCAAAAUGGUUUAAGAUAAUGACCUCUGAAAGAUAUUUAGUGAGAGUUGAAGAAGAUGCCCUAUCAUAUUAUUGUUUGUAUCGUAUUCUUGCAUCCUUGAACAGGGAAUAUGGUCAAACAUAUCUCUACUAAGGACUGAGAAUCAGGCCCUAUAGUAAUUCCUUAUUGUAAGGGCCUCAAUUUGGUCACUAUCUGGGAUCAUUGUCCAUUGCUUUUGAGCUCUAACCUUAUAUACCACACAUCUGGGGUCCCUCAUCUAACUGAGAAUCUUGAAAAGCAGAGUUGUAGACAACUUUCUGAACCAUCUCAUCUGGAAAACGUUGGGACACAUACAUGAACACCAUCUGUGUAUAAAAUUCAAGAAGUAGGGGAAUUUGGAUGCUUGUGUUGUACUCCUGACAUGUACCAGCUCUGUAUAUAAAGAGGUGAUGCUUCUAGGCACAGCUUCCUAAAGUACUAAGGGUAUCCAAUGAGAAUCAGCAGUUGCUGGUAAUUACCAGUCCUCUGGUCCCUGCUUCUUGUGUCAAUAUAUGUCCCCAUCACGGAUUGCUUAAAGAUUAAUAAUUUCAUAUUCCUUAGUAGCCAUCAAGCCUUUCAGAACACAAAGUGCCAUUGUACUUUGGCAUUUUCCUGGAAAAUUGUUCUAACUGUUCAACAUUUAAAUACAGCUAGCUCUUACUACUCUCAUCCUGUAGCACAAACACAUCUUUUCACCCAUCAGUGUCUCAUUAACUACUGUGCCAAACUUGACUUGCGUGCACAGGAUCUCCUUUAUCAAUAGCUUGCUAUAUACCCACAUUACUGCAUAAAUUCCCACAAUAGGGAGACCGUAGAGCACAUAUUCUAGUUAUGCUGAGAAAUCUCUACUGUGGCACUGGGAUUUUAUGAGAUUCUCCAAGUAGAUCUGUUUGAACUUUGAGUUACUAGGAUUACUUGGUGGUAUCCUGAUCUAUCUCCACUAAUUUUUUUUAAAUAAAGGACUAACUCGAUGGUCUCCAGUUACUUCUUCAUUGACUCUAGUAUGUUCCUGGAAUGCCAAUAGGAUCACACAGGUGACUUGAUCACCAAUCUUUCCUUAUUUUAAGGCCAUAAUUUAUCAUUGUAAGCUCUCACAAAGAUGUAUCACCUUAUUUCUGUAUGGACACUUCAUUUGCAGUAACAUUACCUUCUUACUCAAAAAUUCUUCUGACUUCAUGGCCUCUUAGCAACGAUAAUUUGUCCAGGUCUGUGAAGUUCAGUUCACUUCCCUCUUCUGUAGGUCCUUUGCUGAGGUACUUCCAUCAAGGGACUCUUAUAUACUGUGUAACUCAAUCCAAUAGCCAGGCUGAGCAUAUUAGUUGGAGUAUGUGAUAGUGUUUUACUGCUUACUACCUACCAACCAUUUUACCACUUUGAAAUUUUGUUAUAGUGACAUUAUCCACUAUACACCAUCAGCUUCAACUAGAAUGACUCAUUACUUAGGAUGAAGGGUUACAAAGGAGUGUCCUCAGAACUUAUAGCUAUAUAAAUUUCUCUGAGAGUGAAACUAAUUAGAAUCCACAAAGAUCAGAUGAGAUGUGACCUAUUCAAAAAUGUAGUCUGUAACUGCAAAGGCUUGGGGAGCCCCUAGGUCCAAUCAAAAAUAUAAUUUUAGAGAAGUAAAUCUGCUACAUGACCAAUGCCCCUGGGAAGGUAGGAGCUAAUCAUUUUGUGAUAAAUCUGAAAAAGAACAAGAAAAGGGUCUGCAUCAAAUCUAGAAAAGGAGGGAAAGAAAGAAACAUGGGCAUCAGUGUCUUCCUUGCCUCAGAAUUGGGACAUUGACCAAUAAGCCAUUUGGCACUGUACCCUUCAAUGGGCUUGAGGCAUAAGAUCAUCCCAAUUUGUGUUAUUAAUCAUUAAGGUUGACACGUAUCUCUCUUUGUUCUGACUCUGUGAUCUCCAAGUAAUCUCAUUGUAAUUGCUUUCUUAUAUAAACUUUAUUAUGGGAAGAAUAUUUGCUAACCAGCUGAUGUAAGUGUUCUCGCCUAUUUGGCAAGUGUUUCUCAUAAUAAGUGAAUAAAUUGGUGUUUGCCUUACAUGUCAGUUUCUUGUGGAUUAUAAUAGCACUAAUCCUUUGUAUCCUAAUCACCUUUCAGCAUGCUAAAAAUAAGAUUAUUAUCUGCAAAGUCAGCACCACAGUGUGAAUCAUAGUGAAUGCACUGAAGAUUGGCCUCUUGGGAAACUUGCCUCAACAUCA